AUGUUCAUACUGACCUCUCCUGAUCCUAAGCAGUUACUGAACUCGUUUGUUGAGGUGGUAAUUGCUGGUGGCCAUAAAAGCGUGAAGCAGAUCAAAGCAUCUGGUCUGAAGCUGCGUUUCUGCACUAACGAAACCCAAGCAACCCGGGAGAAUUUCGUGAAGAAGCUCCAGGGCAUGGGUUUUGACAUCUCCGUGGCUGAAGUGACAGCCCCAGCCCCAGCAGCCUGCUGCAUUUUGAAGGAGCGCAGCCUGAGGCCACACUUGCUCGUGCACAAUGAUCUUGUCCCUGAAUUUGCCGAGAUUGAUAAAGCAAACCCAAACUGUGUGGUUAUCGGAGAUGCAGCAGAAAACUUCACCUAUGCAAACCUUAAUGAAGCUUUCCGAGUUCUGAUUGGGAUGGAGAAGCCUGUUUUGAUCUCCCUUGGAAGAGGACGCUACUAUAAAGAAACCGAUGGUCUGAAACUUGAUGUUGGAGCAUAUAUGAAGGCAUUAGAGUAUGCUUGUGAUGUUCAAGCUGAAGUAGUGGGAAAACCAGCAAAAACAUUUUUUGAGUCAGCCUUAGCGGAAAUGGGAGUUUCACCACAGCAGGCCAUCAUGAUUGGAGACGAUAUUGUGAAUGAUGUAGGAGGUGCCCAGCGGUGCGGUAUGAGAGCUCUGCAAGUGCGGACAGGGAAGUACAGGCCUUGCGAUGAAAACCACCCCCACGUGAAGCCUGACGCAUAUGUGAACAACCUCGCCGAAGCGGUUGACAUGAUCCUCCAGCAGCUGUAA